AUGCACUGGCAUCAUUCAAAUGAAACCAGCACCUGCAACGUGCGGUAUCUCUUAAUCGCAUUACAGAAUCAAAAAGCGCAUGCGAGGCCGUCACCCGCCGCGUCGAUAUUUCACUAUCGACGUAUCGCGGAUGACGCGGCGUUAUUUAAGAACCAACGGAUGAUCUCACACGCACCCGCGUCGAAUAAAUCCAGAGCGGUCCUCCAGACGCGGUAUCGCGUGCACGGUUCACGUAAAACGGCUAUAAAACCCAAGAUCACAGUAUUUUUAGACGUAGCAGCGCCUGUGACAGUGGCGCGCCGUCCCGUGUCGCGCCCGGCGAUUCGCGCGCGAUGCAAUGCUAGCGUUUGUACUGUUGGGUGUUCAGUCUCAGUGCAGUGGAGCACAUGCCUAAUGGAGCCUAGGAAAUUGACACUUUUCUCUGGCAAUUUAGCCUGGAUGGAUGCACACGGAGAUUGGAUCGAUGAUGAU